AUGAAUCGGCUUGAACAACGCGCUCUUGAAAGAGGAAGAACGGCGUUUUCGUUUCGCCCGCUUAAAACUUUGACUGGGAAAACCAUCACGCUCGAAGUCGAGUCCUCGGACACGAUCGACAACGUGAAAGCGAAAAUUCAAGACAAGGAGGGCAUUCCGCCGGACCAGCAGCGAUUGAUUUUCGCCGGUAAACAGUUAGAAGACGGGAGAACUCUCGCGGAUUACAACAUCCAAAAAGAAUCAACCUUGCACUUGGUGUUGCGUUUGCGAGGCGGCGGUAAGAAGAGAAAGAAGAAGACGUACACGAAACCAAAGAAGAUCAAGCACGUGCACAAGAAGAAUAAGUUGGGGUUUUUGAAGUUGUACAAGGUUGACGACGCCGGUAAAGUGACGAGGUUACGGAAGGAGUGCCCGGCGCCGGAGUGCGGCGCGGGCGUGUUCAUGGCGAACCACUUUGACAGACACUACUGCGGUAAGUGCGGCUUGACGUACGUUUACGAAAACAAGUAA